AUGGUAGCUGUCUCCCACUGCUCUGAGGAAGUGCACCCAGGCACCGCCUAUAAACUUCCGUUGCUGGCCUUCCCUCUUUCUUUCUGUGCCGAUAUCGCACCCGCCAACAUGGUGAACGUUCCUAAGACCCGCCGUACAUUCUGCAAGAAAUGUGGCAAACACCAACCCCACAAAGUGACCCAGUACAAGAAGGGCAAAGAUUCUUUGUAUGCCCAGGGAAAGCGGCGUUAUGACAGGAAACAGAGUGGCUAUGGUGGGCAGACUAAGCCUAUUUUCCGCAAAAAGGCAAAAACUACAAAGAAGAUUGUGCUGAGACUGGAAUGUGUGGAGCCCAACUGCAGAUCUAAGAGGAUGCUGGCUAUUAAGAGAUGCAAGCACUUUGAACUGGGUGGUGAUAAGAAGAGAAAGGGCCAAGUGAUCCAGUUCUAAGCUGACCUUGUUAUGAAGACAAUAAAAUCAUGAGCUUUCACUCAAC